CUUUACUUUUGAUGCUGAAAGAUGGACCGCAAAGUACCUGACAAGUAAAAUGGGCGAUAUGGAUCAAUCGUGUUGUUUUGUCGCGCACAAAUGAAGUCAUGCCGUCGACUUUUUCUUUUGUCAUCGUUGAAAUUGACGUCGUCAUCAUCAUCAUCGCGAUGACGUCAACAGGACGUGAUGGAAAAAGUGAAUGAAAGAACGGAGGAGGAAGAGGAGGAGUCUCUCCCUUUUCUGGGCGCGCGCACGGGGGAGGAGGAGCGUGUGCGCGUGCGUGUGACUUUGCGGGGCUGCGCGCCUCCUCUGCGGCUUCUGUGCGUGCGUACGCGCGUGCGCGUCCACCGAGGAUGGCGGGAAGCCUGCUGCUGGCGCUUCUUCACUUGGUGUGGCUGCUGCAGUCGGCGCUCGUAAGCUCCGCCCACUGCGACGCCGUCUUCAAGGGGUUUUCCGACUGUUUGCUGCAACUGGGAGACAACAUGGCCAACUACCCGCCGGACCUGGACGACCAGCAGAACCUCAACAAGAUCUGCAGCUACUGGAACGACUUCCACUCUUGCGCCAGCACGGCGCUGUCCGACUGCCAGGAAGGCGCCAGCGACCUUUGGGAGAAACUCAAGGAGGAAUCGCGCAGUCUGGAUUUCCGCGGGAGUUUGUUUGAACUUUGCGCCGUGGGAAACGCCGCCCCCGACGGGCGGGGCCCGGGGGGGGGGCGGCCGACGUUCCUGGCGGCGGCGCUGCCCGGCCUGCUGGCCUGGCUGCUGGCCCUCUAAGAGAGACCCCCCCCCCCCAAAAAAAAAAAAAAAAAAAAACCCAGGAAAAGCACCGGGAGCGUCGUCCAAUCGAUUGCGCGACGCUUGGAGGAAACGCGCCAUCGCGCGGGGCCUGCAAAAAGACUGGCGAGGCCGACUCGCGUGUUGUUCCAUCAUAUUUCGCCCUUGUUUCCGAUGAGAAGCUAGCUCGCUAACUAGCUUCUUUUCUUUUCUUUCCUGGGGUCGCGUUGGGAAUCCCUCACGAGUCGAUAAAUCGUCACCGCAAAAAAAGUGAAGAAAAUGGAUCCAUUUCCCGAUUAGUCGCUCAAUAACGUCAAAGACUCUUUCAUUGUUAUUUUGCGAUUUUGUCUCUUUUUUUUUUUUUUUUUAAACACCGCUUCUCGUGCGGCGCUUGAGUCGCAAACUCUUUGGACGCUCCACUUUUUCCCCCCCAAAAGUCGUCCGUACAGAAUUUGGAGACAAACGUCACAAAUCCCAAAAUGUUGCAUCUUGAUCCAAAUAAGAAACUUCGUUGACAAAGCACGCUGACAUUUUGGCAUUGAUGAAGAAUAUCUGUUCUUUGUCCAAAGCGCUUAUCCUCACAAGGGUCGCAGGGGUCCCAGAGCCCGUCUCGUCGCCGGCUAAUGGGGGGGGGGGCACAUAUCGACGCCAUCGCUGAGCGGGACUCGAACCUCAGACCGAAUUCCAAUCCUCGUUUUAGUCCAAUUCUUUUCAACACAAUCGCGAAAGAAAUUCUUGGCGCCUCCUGAAACGAUGAAUGGAAUCGUCCUCCGGGAAGGGUCGGGGGUCCACCGAGCGCAGACAGGAAGUGAGCGUCGCCGACUUCCGCUUCCUUUUUAGGCCCUGAGCAUCUCUCAAAGUCUUUCGGAGCCAAAGUUGGACUUUUGCGCUUUUUUUUUUUUUUUUUUUGGAAGAUUCCAACAAUGAGCUUGUCGGUGUUAGCCAUGGAUGGCUUUGUGGCGUACGGGCGACCUUCUCAUGUUUUAGCAUCUUCUUGCUUCGGACUGAACUGUUUGAACAUUUUUCGAGUUUGAAUGUUUUCAUUUCACAUUUGACACAUUUUUCCAUUGGAGCAUUUGAACGUUUUGGUGUUUAAACGUUUUCUUGGUGUUUGGCGGCCGGCGCGUGCUUCCAGGUUAGCUAACAUUUAGCAAAGACUUUGUGAAGAAAGGAAAGACUCAAGGUUACUUUUUUUUGCUGGUUCCCUGAAAUGUUUCAUCAUUUUUUUUUUUUUUUAGUACAUGAGUAGAAAGUUUCGAGUUAAUGUUCUUGUGUUUGUGAUUGCGGCAAAAAAUAGAAAAAUAAAAAAGCAAUACCACCACCACGAUGACGUCAGGGCCAGUGUAGCGCCAACCAAUCAAUAACGAUUCAUUAAUAAGUCAAGACUGUUGUGUUCUAAUAAAUAACCAGUAAUAAGAAACAAUAAUAAUAAUAAUAAAUGUUCACGUCUUUGUUCAUUUCUGUUUGC